GUUCGCUCCCUGGCUCCCGCCCGUCCAAAAUUCCCCUUCUCCUGCACCGGCGUGUAUAAAUACUGGUGUGCGGCUUCGGCUAAGACACUCUUGCUGGAGAGAUACCAGAGUCCGCUCCAGUCUUACUUAACACUCCAGGGAGGAUGUGGACGCCCUUGGUGCUGCUGCUGGUGGUUUACACCAGGGGAAUCGCUGCUGACCGGCUAGGAGGUCUUCAGCCCUCUUUUGGGGGCUAUCUUCCCCCUACCCAAUCUUACUGUCAGCCCUCCACCAUCUACCAUACACAAACCCGAUACUCGACUCAAGUGAUUCCUUCAACUGUCUACAACAAUGAUGUGCAAUACAUCACCCAAACUGACUACAGAACUCAGCAAGUCUACACCACCGUCUAUUCAGAGGUGGUGCGGACCCAACAGAUCCCGUCCGUCGUGUAUCAGACGGCGACGGUGACUCGUACGCAAGAGAACAUCCGCACGCAGGUGAUCACCCUCCCGCCUCAGGUCAACUACGUCACUCGCACCCAAGAGGUUGUCCGCCCCCAGGUUCAGUACCAGACCAGGUACUCCACACGCAUCCAGCAGGUACCGAGCACCAUCGUCAGAAAUGUGGUGUCCACCCAAGUGGUGCCCCAGCAGGUGUAUAGUACAGUCUUCCAGACACAGUACGUCACCAGGACCCAGCAGCUCCCGGGACAGACGCGCACAGUUGCAAGAACUGAAUACAGAACAGCUUAUUCGACUGUCGUCGUCCCUGCUCAAGAUGUUUACCUCACAACCACCGUGUAUCGAACCAACGUCAACACGCAAUACAUCACCCAGCCGGGUCAGACCCGGUACAUCACCUCCACCAACGUGGUGCCCGUCACCACCACCAUCUACUCGGAGGUGGUGCUUACCAACACCCAGACCCAGUACGUCACCCGCACACAAGUGCAGCAGCAGGUGUCCACCGUCUACCGCACGCAGCAGGUGCCUCAGUACAACACCAGGGUAGUCACAGUGCCCCAGCAGGUGGUUAAAACUCAAGUGUCGACGCAGGUGGUGCCCACGACCAUCUAUUCGCAGCGUAUCAUCUACACCACUCUGUACCAGCCAGCUCAGACGCAGUACGUGACCAACACCCGCACUGCUUACAGCACCCAGUAUUUACCCGGCCAGACACGCACUCAGUACGUCACCAGCGUGGUCUACCGAACCAACUAUGUGACAUCCACCACCUACAACCGAGUGUACAACACGGUCACCACCACAUACACCGCCCAACCGGACUGUAAUACUGGCUACAACUACAAUGCUCCAGCUAAGCCCUUCAACCCUUAUAGCGGUUAAGAUAUUGACAGAAGUUAUCACUCCUCUGUCAGGGAAACAAAAACACACGAACCUGUUCCAGUUCUUUUGUACACAUAAAUGACUGUCUAUCACCUCAUAUGUAUACAAAUGUGCAAAACAGCUGGGUACUGAAAACGCCUGAAUUUCUAAUGAAAUUAUUUGCCAAUAUAAAA